AUGGAUCGGUUACAAUCUCUUAAUGCCCCACCAUUCUUUGAUGGAGGCAACUAUGCUUUUUGGAAGGUCCGAAUGAGGGCUUUCUUGUGUGCUAUAGAUAAGUCUGUAUGGGAUUCCGUUGAGAAUGGGUAUGUUAAACCCACAACUGCCAAGUCCAAAUGGGAUAAGGUAGCUCUUGCAUUAGCUAAUGUGAAUAGUAAGGCCAUUAAUGCUAUAUUCUAUGGUGUGUCCCCUGAUGAGUUUCAUAGGAUAUCGCACGUGAAGACAGCCAAGGAAGCUUGGACAAUCCUUGAAACAACCUAUGAGGGUACCAGGAAAGUCAAGGACACGAAGCUUCAAAUGCUUACCACCAGAUUUGAAGAACUUAAGAUGGGAGAUGUUGAGGCUUUCGAUUCUUUCUAUGGAAAGCUCAAUGAAAUUGUAAUUUCCAAGCUCAAUCUCGAAGAGAAGAUUGAAGAUUCUAAGGUAGUGAGAAAGAUUUUAAGGUCUUUACCGGAGAGUUUCCGAGCAAAAGUCACAGCUAUAGAAGAGAGUAAAGACUUGGAUGAGAUCAAAAUCCAAGAGCUAAUUAGAUCUCUCCAAACAUAUAAGCUGGGACUGCCUUCUCAUAAAUUGAGCAAAUCUCUUGCUCUUAAAACCAUCACCAAGAGAAUGGACAACUCCUUCAAAAAGGAUGAUAUGGAGAAGGAAGUAGCAUUCCUUGCAAAGAACUUCCGAAAAUUUCUGAAGAUGAACAACAGUGGGAAGCCUUUCAACAAAGGAAAGUUUUCAUCUCCCAAGGGUGAUAGGAAGGAAUUUAGGAAGAAAGAUGGGAAGGAGUCUCAAUCUACUCAAGGAAUCACUUGCUUCGAGUGCAAUGGACAUGGACAUGUCAAGAAAGAAUGUCCUUAUUAUUUGAAAAUGAAGGGCAAGGCAUAUGCCACAACUCUCAAUGAUUCAGACUCUUCCAAUUUAGAUUCAGAAGAGAGCUAUGAUGGAGAAGGGAAUUACUCCGCUUUGAUGACUAUUGCUCAUGUUGAGUCUUCAGUGGACUUAAGUUUGCUUGUAGAAGAGCUUGGGGAGCAUAGUGAAGAGGAAUCAAUGGGAGUUGUAGAAGAAUCGGAUGCUGAAGAAGAUGAAAGUUCAGUGGGCCUUCAAGAGAACUACAAUUCCCUUCUUGAGAAGUCUAGAGAAUAUGCAAGAGUGGCCAAGGCAGCUGUUGAAAAGAUGAAGAAGGCAAAGGAGGACUAUAGAAGUCUUCUAGUGCAUUAUAAGGAGGCCAAAUGUGAAAUAGAGUCAUUGAAUGGAAAACUGACUGAAGCCUACUCAAAGAUAAAAUUUCUUAAGCUUGAGGUGGUUCAAGCUAAUGCUAAAGUAGAGCGAGUCUCCUCCAAGAAGCUUGAUGAAGUCCUUUCUCAUCAAAAACCUUUCUCCGACAAAAUCGGUUUGGGAUACACUAGAGAAAGUAGUUUGGCUGUUAAUGUUUCCAAAGAAGUGAAGUUUGUAAAAGCCAAAGAACCGAUGGUAACUACCACAAGGGCUGAGAAAGUGAAGGAGGAGAAGAAUAAGAACGUGGCUGACCGACGGGUGUUGAAUAAGCUCCCUAACCAAUUAGUGGUCAAGCCUAAGGUUCAAGGGAAAUCACCUCCAAAGUUGCAAAGAGGUCUGAGAAUUAAACAUUUUUGCCGUCACUAUGGACUUCAAGGACACACCAGACCAAAUUGUCAUAAGUUGACGGCAUUGAAGAAUGCAAGUGAUUAG